AUGGGCUCAGUGGGAGCGGAGCGCCGCAGGCCAACGCCACAGAUUCCAGAGGAGAGGGAUAGCGGCGUGGUGCAGAGCUACAGCUUUGACUCGUACCAGCUAGAGGAGGAGGAGAUCAGUAAAGAUGCCCCCGAGCGAGGAGUGCUGGCUCUGUCCGAGCCCGACAUUGAGGAGCCGAUCCCUGACGACCGUUACCAUGGCAUCUACUUUGCAAUGCUAUUGGCUGGCGUGGGUUUCCUGCUUCCCUACAACAGUUUCAUCACUGAUGUGGACUACCUACACCACAAGUUUGAAGGGACAUCCAUAGUGUUCGACAUGAGCCUGACGUACAUCCUGGUGGCUCUGAUGGCUGUCAUCCUCAACAACGUGCUGGUAGAGAGACUCAGCAUGCACACCCGAAUCACUGUGGGUUACAUCUUCGCUCUCGGGCCGCUGGUCUUUGUCAGUGUGUUUGAUGUGUGGCUGGCCAAGUUCACCACCAGGCAGGCUUAUAUUAUCAACCUCGUGUCAGUGGGAGUAGUGGCCUUUGGAUGUACAGUGCAGCAGUCUAGCUUCUAUGGUUACAUGGGAAUGCUGCCCAAGAGGUACACACAGGGGGUGAUGACCGGAGAGAGUACAGCUGGUGUGAUCAUCUCCCUGUCGCGGAUCUUCACCAAGCUACUGAUCCCCGACGAGAGGAGGAACACGCUCAUCUUCUUCCUUGUCUCCAUCAGCAUGGAGAUGCUCUGCUUCCUGCUUCACCUGCUGGUCCGCCGCUCCCAAUUUGUCCGCUACUACACCAGCCACUCCCGGGGCAAAGGCCCGGCCAGAGGCCACGACCCGCGUGACACCGGGACUGGGUACAGGGUGCACCAUGAUGUCAUCGCAGAGGAAGUAAGAUUUGGAAACGGCGGGACAGCAGCACCGAUCACAACAGAGGAAGGCGUUGAGGACUUUGAGGGUGGGACGUAUGUGCGAUUCGACGCCCCGAAAGCCAAGAUAAGGAGGAGCUGGCCUGGUGUCCGUGACAUGAUCUUGCAUCGUUACGUGGUGUCCCGUGUGAUCUGGGCCUACAUGCUGUCUAUAGCAGUGACCUACAGCAUCACCCUGUGUCUGUUCCCCGGGCUGGAGUCAGAGAUACGAAACCCCACCUUAGGAGAGUGGCUCCCCAUCCUCAUCAUGGCCACCUUCAACAUGUCGGACUUUGUUGGCAAGAUUCUGGCAGCGCUGCCGUACGACUGGUCCGGAGGCCGCCUGCUCUUCUUUUCCUGCCUGAGAGUGGUCUUCAUCCCUCUGUUCGUCAUGUGUGUGUACCCGGCCAGCGCGCCCACCCUGUCCCAUCCUGCCUGGCCCUGUCUCUUCUCCCUCCUCAUGGGAGUCACCAACGGCUACUUUGGGUCUGUGCCGAUGAUCCAGGCUGCGGGCAAAGUCCCGCCCGAACAGAGGGAGCUGGCAGGGAACACCAUGACGGUGUCUUAUAUGACAGGCUUGAUGGUGGGCUCCGUCGUGGCGUACGCGGCUUACAGCUUCGCAGCUCCGCCGUGCAUCACCUAUCACCCGCCUGUCAACACCACUGCGUUUUGAAUGUCCACGCACUUAAUUAAACAAACCCAUAUAAACACACAAGACAUGUACACACACCUGCAGCCAUUUACACAUGCAAGAUCCUGGCCAGAAGAAGCAACGCUGACUGAUGGACUCGAGUCCAGCAGCAGAGGAAAAGAAGUCAUC